GUUUCAUAAUCACUUUGGAAAAAUUUUUGGUUUGGUAUAUUCAACAAUGGAAAUUCCUACUUUUCGUGCCUACAGAUUUUCAAUCAACUAAAAACAUUAUUAAAACAAGGAGUUGGAUAUGAAAAACAGAAAAAUGGAGUUGAAACUUCUUGCAGAAAACAGGUAUCAGGUGAUUAAAGAAAUAGGAAGCGGGUCUUUUGGAACAGUGUACAUAGGUCGAGAACUGUGCAGCAAGAAAAAGGUAGCAAUUAAGAUUGAACAACCCGAAAAUCAACUCUUGGUAAAUGAAAUAAAAAUCUAUGAAGCUUUGAAGAACAUUGAUGGCUUUCCGAAACUUAACUGCUAUGGAGAUGAUGCCAAACAGAAGUUUUUAAUUAUGGAUAUGUUAGGGCCGUCCUUAGACGAUCUUUUUCGACUUUGUAAGCAUAAGUUUACUAUGAAAACAAUUUUAUUGAUUAUGGAUCAAAUGUUAGAACGUUUGGAAUGUAUUCAUUCUAAAAGAAUUUUACACCGCGAUCUUAAGCCGGCAAAUUUUUUGAUAGGAUUAGAUAACAAAAGUCAUUUGCUUUACUUGAUUGAUUUUGGUUUAGCGAAAUUCUACAAGGAAUCUAACAGAAAGUACCCAUUCAGAAAAAAUUUUGUCGGUAACGUUCGUUAUGCCUCAUUAAAUGCUGUAAGAAAAGUUGAGCAAUCCAGACGUGAUGACUUGGAAGCGGUUGCAUAUAUGAUUUUAUAUUUCUACUAUGGCAAACUUCCAUGGCAAGGUCUGAAAGCAGCGACUGAAAACGAAAAACUUGAAAAAGUAGCUGAGCUUAAGUUAAAAACUCCAAUUCAUCAAUUAUGUAAAGGUCUACCACCGGAAUUUGCUGCAUACUUAACAUAUUGUCGAAAGUUAAGAUAUGAUGAAACUCCUGAUUACAAAUACUUGAGGAGAAUGUUUCAUAAGUUAAUGAAGAACUUGUGUUAUAAAUAUGAUUACAUGUAUGACUGGGUUAUUUUAGAGCAAAAACAGUCCCAGCAUAAAUUUACUUAUGAAGCUAUUAGAAAUGGCAAAGCUCCUAGAAGGGUGGAUAACAAGGAUAUUUUAAAACUCCUAAAUGCUAAAAUUGACGAUAAUUAUAUACCAAAAAAUUUAGUCAAAGAUGAAAAAACUAUAGACAAGAAGAUUGAAAAUAAGACUGAAAAGAAGACUGAAAAGAAGACCGAAAAGAAGACUGAAAAGAAGACUGAAAAGAAGAUUGAAAAGAAAAGAAUUAUAAAAGCUAAUAUCGAAGCCAUAAACGAAGUAAAUAAUUUCAAAUUAUGUUAUUACAUUAAUAAAGCUCUGGACUCAGUGAAGAAUUCGCUUUAA